AUGUCUCUGGACCAAAUGAAAUUUACGGUUUUGCCACUCGUCCUCUCUCUCGACUCCCCGAGCUCCGACCAAUUUAGGGUUCUUCACAUCCCUCUCAUUUGCUAAAUUCUAGAUUCAGAUAUCUACACUGAUGUUUAGGAAACGGAACUUUGUCAUUGAAUCGAUUCGUCGCAUAGCUAGCACAUCUUCGAAACCAGCCCUGUUCUCCAGCACUAGUGUUCAACCUGGUAGACUAAGCUGGGAAGCUUCUUCACAAGUGAUUCUCAAGAAGAAGCUCGAAACAGCUCUCAAGCAUCACCUUGUGGAUGACGCGUGGGACGUGUUCAAAGAUUACAAACGUCUCUACGGGUUUCCAGAUAGUUCCAUCAUGAACAGGUUCGUCACUGUGUUUUCUUACUCCUCCGAUUCCGCUUGGCUUUGCAAGGCUGAUGAUCUGUCUCGCUUAGCUUUAAAGCAGAACUCUGGUCUUGUGAACUCCGAUGCGUUAACGAAGUUGUUACUGUCUCUAGCGAGAGCUCAGAUGUCUGAAUCCGCUUGUAACAUACUCCGCACAAUGCUGGAGAAAGGAUUUGUCUUAACUCCCGAUGUGUUGAGGCUUGUUGUGAUGCAUAUGGUUAAAACAGAGGUCGGGACUUGCUUAGCUUCGAAUUAUCUAGUUCAGGUUUGUCAUCGUUUUAUGGAACUAAAAAGGAAUAGUAAUGUGAUGAAGCCUGAUACGGUCUUGUUUAAUCUCGUGCUUGGUUCUUGUGUGAGAUUUGGUUUCUCUCUCAAAGGCCAAGAGCUCAUCGAGCUGAUGGCCAAAGCCGAUGUCGUUGCGGAUGGGCACUCGAUUGUGAUCAUGUCUUGCGUUUACGAAAUGAAUGGCAUGAGAGACGAGCUGAAGAAGCUCAAGGAAGGUAUCGGUCACGUCCCGAGUCAGCUUCUUUGUCACUAUCGUCGUUUGUAUGAUAAUUUGUUAAGCCUUGAGUUCAAGUUUGAUGACAUUGGUUCCGCGGGUCGGCUUGUGUUAGAUAUAUGCAAGAAGAGCAAGGACUUGCCUUCCGUUCAGAAUCUUGAAAAGGUUAUGGUUUUGCCUGUUGGGUCUCACCAUAUCAGAUCCGGUUUAAAGAUUCGGAUUUCACCUGAGAUUUUGCAGAGAGAUUCGUCUCUUGGAGUGGAUAGCGAAGCGACUUUUGUCAGUUGCGCAGAUUCCAAGCUUGGUGUCACGAACAAGACUCUUGCUAAGUUGGUAUAUGGUUACAAGAGACGUGAGAACCUCCCUGAGCUUUCAAAGCUUCUGUUCUCGGUGGGUGGAACCAAGCUAUGUGCUGAUGUCAUUGAUGCUUGUGUUGCUGUUGGUUGGUUAGAAGCUGCUCACGAUAUUCUUGACGACUUGGUUUCCGCGGGCAAUCCCAUGGACUUGGUUACAUAUAGAAAGGUCUUGUCUGGUUAUCACAAGAGCAAGAUGUUGAGAAACGCCGAGGUUCUUGUGAGACAAAUGACGAAAGCCGGUUUAGUUACAGAUCCUUCAGAUGAGAUUAAAGAUUGUGAAAACACAGAGCUCAGGGCGCUAUUGGUUCAGGAGAUCAACGCAGGUGAGCAAACGAAAGUUCCAAGCAUGCUCUACGAGCUGAACUCGUCUCUCUACUACUUCUGCAAAGCCAAAAUGCAAGGAGACGCCGUGACGACCUACCGUAAAAUCCAGAAGAUGAAAACAAUCUCACCGACUGUGCAAAGCUAUUGGAUCUUGGUCGACAUGUACUCGUCUCUCAGCAUGUACCGGGAGAUCACAGUCGCGUGGGGAGAUAUCAAAAGGAACGUGGCGAGCAGAGAGUUGGAGGUGACGCAAGAUCUGUUGGAGAAGCUUGUGGUGAACUUCCUGAGAGGUGGGUAUUUUGAGAGAGUGAUGGAGGUUAUAAGUUGCAUGAAGGAGAAGGGUAUGUAUAAUGAUGUAGCUAUGUAUAAGAAUGAGUACCUUAAGGUUCAUAGGAAUCUAUACAGAACCUUGAAAGCAGCUGAUGCUGUGACAGAGGCUCAAGCGCAGAGGGUUGAGCAUGUUAAGGCCUUCAGGAAACUUGUUGGUAUAGUAUGAAAUGCAUAUAUAUAUAUACACGUUUCUUAUGAAAUGCAUAUAUAUAUAUACACGUUUGUUAUGUGAAGUUGUGGAAAGCUUAUUAUCUGGUUUCUUUUA